AACACUGGGGAUGCCUGGGAUUUUGCAGACGACUACUACGACCAUAUCAUGUUGGUCUGGGUUUCCGGGUUCUGCACUGCCCGUCUACGACCAAAUCAUGUUGGUCUGGGUUUCCGGGUUCUGCAUUGCCCGUCUACGACCAAAUCAUGUUGGUCUGGGUUUCCGGGUUCUGCACUGUCUAACUACGGCCAAAUCAUGUUG